AUGACAACGCAAGAUACUAUCAACAGUGCGGAUGUGGAGCAACAGGCAAUCGGCAAAGCGGCGGCGGCCUUUGCUCAACUUCGCGGGGGCAAUGAUUUGCUCCAAGAAUGCAUGAACAACGCAAAGAACGUUUCUGAGCUGGUAGAGUUCAUUGAGAAGCGCCACAAGCACCUGGCAGGAAAACCGUCAUCCAAACUACUCGCACUUCUUCAAAAGCACGCGACAUGGCUGGACAGCUUUUCCGGACUGAUCGAUGGCGCCGUGGAGACUCGAGCUGAUCUCCUCUGCCCCGCGUCCAACUUUCACGCCCAGGUUACCCAGCAAAUUACUACCGUGAUCAACAUCAUUACCGAGAGCCUGCCCCGGCUAGAACUGUACAAGGAGCUCCAGUCAGACGAAAGCCUUCAAAUUGCACUAUUUCAUAUAUUUACGGACAUUGUGGAAUUCUGCGCCCUUACAUACAAGUACUUCAAGCGCGGGACGUUAGUGCGCAUAGGAAAGCUGAUCCUGACACCCCUCAAGACGGAAUUCGAAAGGAUAUGCAAACGCCUCAAAUGGCACACCAAGAAUGCCCAUGAUACCGCAGUCGCCGUCGAGCUUUUACGGGCUGCCGACUUCCGAACCAAGAUGCAGGCACAGAACACCGAAAAUAUGAGGUCCAGGUGCGACGCUUGGCUGAACCCGGCGAAUAUGCUGGGUGUCCAUCAGGCAAGGUCCCGGACGAGAGUCGCCGGUACGUGCGAGUGGCUGUUGUCGAGCCAAGCCUACAGUAACUGGCUCGGGAGCCAGAGCGGCCUGGCCGAGGACAGACUACUCGGUAUUCUUGGCAAGGGCGGCUGUGGGAAAUCCAUCCUCUCGUCUUACAUUGUAGACAAGACGCAAGAGGAGCAUGGCACCACACUGUACUUCUCGUUCUCCGGGGCGGAUGCACCUCGCCAGACGCUCCGAAGCCUAGUUCGCUCGUUGGUGUCGCAACUGAUUCAUAAGCUUGAGUAUAUGGGCGGGUACGAACUGGUGCAUGAGCUGACUAUGCAAGAAGGGUACUCAACGGAUGAUCUGUGGACUCUUCUGCAUAAGAUUCUCGCCUUGGGCACGGAUCCUCUAUUCUUGGUUGUUGACGGGGUAGACGAGUGUUCUGAGCCAGCCGAACAGCUAAUCGAACACGCCUUGAAUGUUCUCAACGCUAUUCAGUCUUGCAAGAUUGUUCUUCUUGGAAGAGCCCAUGUUUCGGAGCUACGAAGCCAUAGUAGCAAUAUCAUCGAGAUGGACUCCACAGUCAUCAAAUCCGAUUUGCAGUCAUUCAUCACCAUCCAACUCAGCUCAAACACCAGACUUUACAGCCUUGGCAUACAGGAUUCGAUUUCUCAAACACUGCUCGCGAGAUCCGAUGGCAUGUUUCUCUGGGUCAAGCUCAUGAUUGAUGAUCUGUCGAGGGCCUCCUCCGUGUCCGAAGUGACCCAAAAACUAGAAUGCCUGCCAAGAGGACUUCACGCAGCAUACCAGCAAAUCAUCCAACACCUUGUACAGACUCUGGAUGAUUUUGAGAUCAAAGUCGCACAAAAUAUUCUCAGUUUCGUCGUAGCAGCAGGAAGGACACUGGACGUCGAAGAGCUGAACUGCCUUCAGGCCCUUUCCUCCCGGGCCAGUGCUGAAGAUUAUAGCCCAGGGUCCAUACGGAAUCACGUUUUCAUCGACCCGGCCGAGAAAUUCUCUCGUGUAUGCGGUGGUUUGAUUCACAUAAUAGAUGGAAAGGUCACACUGGUUCACAUAACAGCAAAGGAGUUUCUACAAAGGCCAGCCAACAAGCUAGAAACUCAGAACUACCCUCAAGCGCUAGACUUUAGGGUUGACCUCGUUCAUUCUCAUGAGCUGUUAACCACAGCCUGUCUCGACUUUCUGCUGCUCGAUGGAGCCGGGAUGAGCCAGGCCGACGCACCGCAGAGUCCCACGACCAAGAACAUGCGGCUUUUUUUCAAGUAUGCUGCAAAGUUCUUUGUCUAUCACAUCAAAUGUUCUGGUCCAAUUACUGAGAGCAGACUAGAGAGAAUCAGACAGCUCGUAAAUUCAGAUGGAAUGGUUUCUCUUUACGAGCAUUAUUUUGUACUCAUGCUUGAAGAUGGUUAUUACGAAGAUCUAGAAGAUGAAUUCUCGAGCUUCUUCAAGUGGGCCGAGACUCAGAAUCUAGAACUGGGACCACAGAAGUCUAUCUUCACUGUUGCCCAUGAAGAGUGCAUCCAGAGAUUUCGGGCUGAGGACUGGCGGACCAAAGAACUAGUGAAUCUGCUCACGGGCGAGUCGCCUCUGCCAGAACACCCGCAGCUUGAUCCAGCCGACAAGGUGGGAAGCGAUGAGGCCGCCGAGAGAGUCUCGGCCCUCAUGCACAUACUCAAAGAGAGCCAGCAAAUGCAAAUACUAACCAAAGUCGACUUGCUUCUGAACAUGCGAUCAUUGAUCAGGAUAAAAGCGCUGACCGAUCCUCUUGAGGCACUCUUCCUGUUGAUAAUGCGGCAAGCGCACCGACUCCCGGCCGUCUUCCUGAUGCUCGUUGGUGGCUUCUACCGAGAAUUCAAAAAGCCACGACAGGCUUUGGCUGCGUACGAGGCCGCUUUUAAAAAUGUAGAGCAUCUCGAUACGGCACUCAAGUUUGAUAUAUCAAAUAUUGUCGGCGACAUAUAUUAUCAUAAUCUCGCUGAUUACACAAAGGCCGAGGCUGCUUACCGGAAAUCAGCAUCGGGUAGACGUGAAAUGCUCGGGCCUGAUCACAAGAAAACGCUACAUAGCCUUUUAGAUGUAGGACUUGCACAGUACAGGCAGAAGAACUAUGUCGCUGCUGAGAAAUCAUUCCGUGCAGUCAUCGGGACCAAUGAAGAGAUCCGAGGAGAUAUUUUCACAGGGCGUAUCGAUCCUGUGGAGUUUUUGGCGCACACCCUGUUCUUUCUGCACAGGUUCAAAGAAACAGAAGCUCUCGACAGGCAGCAUCUUGCAAAAAGACAGAGGGAACUUGGAGCUAAAGAUCCGAAAACUUUACGCGUCUUGGUAAAUUUAGGGCAAACGCUUCGCGCAAUGGGAGAUUACAAAAUGGCCCUCAAAUUGGUGCGAGAAGCACUGCAGGAUCAAGAGCAUGUACUGGGUAAAGAACACCCCGAUACUCUCGAAAGCAUGUAUCAAGUGGCAAAAACAUAUCUCAUGCUAGAUCAGGAAGAAGAAGCCAAACAGUUUUGCUUCAAUGCUAUUGAGAAACAAGUACGAAUUAUGGGCACGGAGAAUGUAUUCACGAGAGGAACCAUCAUUCUCCUCGCCAUGAUAUACACCCAGAAGAGACCGCGUUGGUAG